CAGGCGGGGGAGCGGCGGGCGCAGCGAUGGCGGCUCCUCUCAGGCCAUUCCGCCUCCGCCGCCCCGGCAGCGCGCAGAAGUUCGGGGCGGCGGCGGGGAGCCUGCGUGGGCUGCUGCGAAAGGGCUGCCGGCUGCUGCAGCUCCCGUUGGCAGGCAGCCGGCUGUGCCUCUACGAGGACGGGACGGAGCUGAGCGAGGCGUUCUUCCGCACGCUGCCGCCGCAGACGGAGCUGGUGCUGCUGCGGCCCGGGGAGAGCUGGCCGGGCUGUUGCGGGGACCUGGAGCGGUUCCUGGCCGCCCUGUGCUGCCGGACGGACGCGGUGCUGGAGGCCGCUCGGAGGCUGCUGGAGGACGAACGGGCGCCCCGCAGGCAGAGGCUGCUGGCGGAUCUGAUCCACAACCUGAGCGGGGACGGCGCGGCCGAGCGCCGGGACGAGGACGGGAAGUGGUUCGAGGGUCUAGAAUCUCGUUUUAAGAACAAAUCAAGCUAUAUGCGGUACAGCUGUGAAAGCAGAAUACGAAGCUACAUGAAAGAGGUUAGUAAUUUUAUUUCAAACGUUCAUCCUACAGCAAGAGAUGCAUAUAAAAGGAUACUCGACCUGAUGUCGGAUAAACUGAAAUCUGUGAAAUAUAAUGGCAGCUACUUCGACAGGACAGAGGAGGAGGCAGCGAUGCGCCUGUGCACAAAGGAGGGAUGGUUCUCUUGUCAGGGCCCUUUUGACAGAGAUGACUGCCCAUGUAAGCAUUCUAUCAACCCCUAUACUAACAGGGAAAGCAGAAUCCUCUUCAGCACCUGGAAUCUCGAUCACAUAAUAGAAAAGAAACGUAGUGUUGUCCCAGAACUGGCAGAAGCUGUCAAAACACGAGAUGGAAGAGAAGUGAACUGGGAGUACUUUUAUCAGCUAUUGUUUACAAUGCAUAAUCUAAAACUUGUACAUAUUGCUUGCCAUAAGAAAACCAAUCACAAUCUCAGCUGUGACAAAACUAAAAUUUACAGAAAAAGGAAGCAAACCCAUGAGAUUGCAUAGUGCUCUCUUUGGAAGCAACUUCUGGUUUUGUUUUUUUCCAUUUCAAAAUCAUGUAAGAUGGCAUCAUGUUUAAGUCGCUCUUGUUUCUUAAACAAAACCUUACUUAGCAAGUCUCUUCUGCCAAGGACUUCUUCCUUUAUCACCUCCAGUGCAUUAAUUGAACUGCAAUCUCACAGAGCACGCGUUCAGACCGUGCCUGAUUCUCCCACCUUAGGUGACACUGUGCUGAGUGUGAUAAGCUGACUCACAGCCGCAGUGUGCAGAAUAGAGGCCAGAAGCUGACACUGAUGAUACCUUAUGAUUUCUUGCUUGCUGUAAUAAAUCUAGGUGCAAAAUGCAUGGUACAGAAACGGAACUUUCUUGCAAAUGAUUCAAAGCACAUUGAUACUGCUCUGAAUGUUAAGCCAAACAAUACUUCAGGGUAAUUAUUCUGUGCCUUCACCAGGAAGACAGGCACUGUACUGCAGACAGGCCAAAUGAUUCAGUGGCAGAGCUGCUGGCUUUUCUCUACGAAAAUACCUGCACUCGUCUGUGACCAUUCAAUCCACUGUUGCAUAGAUGCAUGUCUUCUAGGAGAAAGCAUGUGGUGCAUCUCUGCUUUUAUCACCCUUGUGCUCUGGCAUCUUUCCCACUGAUUUCCCUCAGUCUUUGCCUCUCUAGAUCGAGCUUUCUUGAAGCAACACAUACAAUCUUAUUAUACAGUAAUCGUGUUUGUCUGCAGAAACUGCUUCUGUGAAACACUCUCUACCUCUCAGGUAACAAAAUACAAGUAGAUCAUUUUUUACAUUUUUUUUUCCUAAAUAUCAGCUGAUAGCAACUGAACUCUCAGGGAUGAGUAUUUUUUAAAUCAAAAAAUAAAAGUGAAAUCACUGCCAUCUUUCUGUGUAUCUGGAGGUAGAGGUGCGUGAGUAGUCAACAGUAAGGUACAAUACAGCAUGGCCACUGCAGACGAGAAGGACUUAGCACAGGAAAAGGUGCUUAUCAAUUAAGUAGUGGAUGUUUACCAGACAUUAACAUCAUUUACCUCAAAGGAAAGUUCUGGAUGUUUACUUUGGUUGUUGGUUUUGGUUUUUUAUUUCCAUUUUCUUCCUCUCACCUCCUUCUCUUUCUUAUCAGAUAAAUUCAUCUAUUUCAGACAGGAUUGUUAUUAAGAUAGUAUUGCUGUGUGAGUCCUGACUUGCUGGGACUUGGAAAUGCAGGAGUUUUGCUACAGCCAGUGCUAAUUAAAGCAACAAUUCAAUUCCUUUCCCCCAAACAUCUCUACAUGAAAAAUAAGCAGGUGCAUUUUCAGUAAGGAGCUCCAUUGGAUUGAGCCUUUCUGAUCAUCUCACUGAAUCUACAUCAACUGUAACAGAGGUGAAAAUGCACGUUCUGGUGUUUUGGUGUUGGGGAAGGGACUGCAAUAAAGACUCUGACAACAAGCACUGUGCUGUCAGCGUGGCACAUUUCUUACAAACACCAUUUUGCACUGUGUGUGAAGAUACUGCCUAGGGGAAAAAAAUUAGUAAGAUGGCAUUUAAGGAAAGCUGGGAGAACUGCUUUUAGAUGGAGUUGUGAUGAAAACCACGAGCACGCUAAAAUAUGAAGGUUUUUUUUUUUUCAGUGUUACAGACUUAAGAGUAAAAAGGAGCCAAGAACUAGCACUGACAGAAACAAUACAUCAACUGGAGUGGGAAUUUGAAUAAAUUAACAUGUCAUGCAUAUACGAUUUGUUUGGCUUCAGAUUUUUGAAUGUUCAACACACUGUAGCUGUAGAAAUUAAUAUUGAUUUAAACCAUCUGCUGAUCAUAUUUUCUCUGCAUUUUUAGAAACAGUUUCUUUAUUUUUGUAAUAAUAAAUAUCUGAGAGCUUCUUGCAGAAUCACACUUUCAAAGCAUUAUCAUGAACGCUGGAUGAGUUAGCAAUUCCUGGAAUCAUAUGAGGUUGCUCAUCAUCAUCUAAAAAAUGCAGGCCAGAAAUAACAGAUUUGAAGGCCUGACCCAUAUCUACUUGGCCACCAGCACUUGUUUGUCUACCAGUAAAGUCCUGCUGAGAGAUUCUGUUCUGCCUUUAUCACUGCCAAUGUGUUUCUUUACAGAAUUUCUGUUCAUAACCUUUGAAAGUCAUUUGAACAUAAUGAACAAUCUGCAUUACUGAGCUGUCAAAAAGGCAGUGCUUACAGCUGAUGUGGUAGAAGAUGGAAGCUGUGAGCUUCACGUGGUUGUUCAGAGAACAGAGGAGCAAUAAAAAACACUACUUAAUGUCUGGGAGAUUAAAAACACUGAAUUCAUAAUCACAUAUGUGCAUUGAGUUUUGCCAGCAGAAUUGCAUUUUAAAGGCAAACAAUGCAAGACAACUUGCACAACAGAAGCUGGUGUCCCUCUUUGAAGUGAGCAAGUCAAAUGGCUGCAUUACUAGCAAGAUGCUGUAAUGGCAGACAUCCCAGAAAGAAAAGAACUGUCCCAAGAUGGUAAUUUUU